AUGUGCGUCUUGGCUAGAAGGAAGGGCACGAGCAACAUUUGCGGAUAUGACAAAGUCUCCAAAACAUGUGUCUUUAGUUCCGACACCGAAGAUGACGUCAUCAGUACUUCUGAACUCACAAAGGUCGUUCUAAUUACACCUGCUGAUGAUGCCUGUCAGAGUACAGAGUACCUAGUGAGCGGAACAGAUGCCUGUCAGAGUACAGAGUACCUAGUGAACGGAGCAGAGCCUGUGUCCGACGACCAGAUAACCGCCUCGUCGGUGGAUAGCGCGCUGUUUGACACAAGAGGUUCCAGACUCAAUUCCGUACCGACUGAUACGCAUUAUGGGGCAUGGGCUCCAUCGACCUUUGACGAAAAUCAGUACAUACAGGAUGAGGGUGUGGAUGCGGAUGAGGGUAAGGACGAGGGUGAGGGUGAGGAUAAGGAUGAGGGUGAGGACGAGAAUGAGAGUGAGGAUGAGGGUGUGGACGAGGGUGAGGGUGAGGACGAGGAUGAGGGGGGGGGGGGGGGUGAGGGUGAGGACAAGGUUGAGGAUGAGGGUCAAGAUGAGGAUGAGGGUGAUGAUGAGGAUGAAGACGAGGUUGAGGACGAGGGUGAGGAUGAGAAUGAAGAUGAGGAUGAGGAUGAGGGUGAUGAUGGAGAGGAGGAUGAGGUUGAGGAUGCAUAUGUGGGUGAUGAUGAAGAUGAGGGGGAUGAGGAUGAGGAUGAGGGUGAGGAUGAGGAUGAAGGUGAGAAUGAGGAUAAGGACGAGGGUGAGGAUAAGGGCAACGAUGAGGACGAGGGUAAUGUUUGGGAUAAGGUUGAGGAGUAG